AUGCCGCCGAUAGAUGACAAUAUCAUCCAUAGCGUCGAUGGAGAAGAUCAACAAAAUGUUAAAUCCUCAAAUAGCCGAAGUGCAAGCAACAUGACACUGGAGUUACCAGAGUGUCUGACAUCCUCCAUGAUGUUUGGCUCGUGUAGGACAAAAAAGUGUUACAGCAGUUCUUUACAUAAAAAAAAACAAACUCAACAACACAUUGUCAAUAGCCUUAAGGCGUGGAAUCUGAAACUGUCCCCUAGUAGCCUCCUACCGGUUCAAGAUACCGUAUCGAAGAAUGAACGAUUGCCAGCAAAGACAGGGCAGCAGCAACAACAGCAACAGGAGGAGCAACAACAGCUACAUAAUUUUCAAAUGCAUCAUCAUCGACAUUAUAAUAAACAGCAACACAACUUGCAUCCGAUGCGAGAUACCGUGACGGUAAUCGACACUUCAUCAAGUAACAGCUCCUCAGCGUCUCUUUCCCUAUCGGUGGUGCCGCCCAACGAUUUUUAUGCGCUGCAGAGCGGACAACCAAAAUCCAGAAGAUAUUUAAGACGCAACUCACUUAGCAGUUACAAUAGUAGCAGUAUCGGCAGCUGUAGUAGCAAUGGCAGCAGUAGCAGUAGCUGCACUAGCAUCAGCAGUAACAGCAGCAGCAACAUCAACAGCAAUACUGCACCCGUUGCACAUAUGCUUACAGCUGCUGGCAGCAACACAGACAAGUGUGAUAUAUUACUUUCCAGAACAAUUUGGGAGCGAUUUUUCUUUGCUCAACAGACCGAAGCGAAAUAUCUUAAAAAGAUGCAGCUCUGGCGUGAACUGUAUAUUUGCAUUAAAAAAGGCUUUCCAAAAUAUAGCCUGUAUUUGGUUGGCAGUACAAUUACUGGAUUCGGAGCUGAUAAUUCUGAUGUAGACAUGUGCCUCGUAUCGAGGAGUAUUCCCAGCGAGUAUGAUACUCGCGUAGAAGCACUUUUUAAUUUAUCGCUGGUAAAAGAGCACUUGAUAAAACAUCUGGCUUCGUCAAAUUUUACCAAUUUUAGUCUGAUCCAAGCAAAAGUGCCUAUCCUACGUUUUGAAGAUACUAAAAAUGGUAUUGUGAUCGAUUUGAACUUUAAUAACUGUGUAGGGAUCAGAAAUACUCACCUAUUGUAUUGUUAUUCACAAAUGGAUUGGCGAGUUCGACCUCUGGUUUUGGCAGUAAAAUUGUGGGCUCAGCAUCACAACAUAAAUGAUGCUAAAAAUAUGACUAUAUCUAGCUAUUCACUGGUGUUGAUGGUAAUCCAUUUCUUACAAUACGGGACCAACCCUCCAGUCCUGCCAUGUCUUCAUGCUUUCUAUCCAGAAAAGUUUAUGAAAGUAGUCGAUUUAAAAAACAUUGAAAUGGUUGAACGCCUUCAACCAUAUCGAACGGAUAACAAACAAAGCUUGGGAGAACUGUUGCUGGAUUUUCUGGAGUACUAUACAAAGUUUAAAUACGAGCGUUUUGCAAUAUCUGUGAGAACAAGUUCGGUUAUACCCAUAGAGGAAUGUCGAUUAAUGAAAAGUUAUAAAAACGAUCCUCAUCACUGGAAACAUUUGUGUAUUGAAGAACCAUUCGAUUUUACUAACACGGCUCGAUCAGUAUUUGAUGGAAGCGUAUUUGAAGAGAUAAAAUCGGUUUUUGCCAUCUCUUGGAGAAUGCUACAAGAAAGUAAAGAUUUCAACUGUUUGUUUUGUGAACCGUUAUUUACACCAGUUACGUCCACACUGUCUCAAAUAUCUUGA